GGGGCGUUAGCUCCGCAUUCAUCGGUGUGUGCGAGAUGGACUGUACCACAAAACAACAACCCGUGUUAGCAAACUGUCAUAGUAGUUUACCACGGUGAGUAGCUUGUUGUCAGUGUUUCAUUUACAUUUAAUUUACGUUAAGUUAACACAUUUCAAGGACUUUAUUGCAGCCGCCCGUGGUUUUUGUUGUGUUGUUCUCGCUGGUUGGACUCACAGUUCGUUUUGAAUAUAGCUAGCUAACCAUGAACAGCCGAUAGCUAGCUACCUGAACGGACUGUCACAACACUGAGAACGUUGUUUUGAGCUCGCUUGGAUUUGAGACGCAAGCUUCAAACAUGUCGAGCUCCACCGAAGUCACCCUGCCACCCGAAUGGAACGACGACGAGCGGAUGAAUUUUCUCUUCUCGGACUUCAAAGAGACCCGCGACGUGAACACAACGGACUGGGACAGUAAAAUGGAGUUCUGGACGGGUCUGGUCCUACAAAGCUGCCGGGAUCGUCGAUCCGUGUGUGUCAAUCUGCAGGAUCUCAACAAGACCUUCAGGAGGAAAGAAAGAUUACCCCUGGGCUUGGCAACUGUCAUCCAGUCCUUGGCAAGAUGUGGGAAGCUUCAGAGGGAGUCUGAGUUUGCUGCCAAUGUGGAUUGUGGCUGGUUGUCUUGGGGUGUUGGCCUCCUGCUGGUGAAGCCUCUGAAAUGGACCUUCUCCUCUCUGUUGGGAAGCAACCGGGUACCUCUGGAGGAGUCUUAUGUUGUCAUUGAACUGGUGAAGGAGAAAGCAGCUGAAGUACUCAGGAUCUACCGAAGGAGUGAAUUUGCAAGCCGCUCUAUCCUGUCAUUUCAAGAGUUGUGUACGCUCACCUCCAGUGUAUGUGCUGAUGAAAGCACUCUGUGCAUGGCUCUCCUGCAGCUGCAGAGGGACAAACAAGUGAUGGUCUCCUUGCACGAGGGCGAGAAGAUUGUAAAGUUUUGCCAGCCAGGACAAGGUCGCAUCUCCACAGUCAAUGACGUAGAGAUCGGCAUCUACCAGCUACAGCGUAGUGAGAAACUGCUGGAGGCGAGGCUGGAGAAACUGAGCCUGGAGGCUGAUAAUUCCAAAGAGGAAGCAAGAGUUCUCCUUCAGGAAGGGAAGAAAGCACAGGCAUUGAGGUGUUUGAGAGCGCGGAAAAGAGGAGAAAAGAGAGCAGAUGGCUUGUUUGGCCAGCUUGAGUCCAUCAGAGGAAUCCUGGACAGAAUAGCCCAGUCACAGACUGAUGAAAUGGUUUUACAAGCAUACCAAGCAGGAGUGGCCAGCCUCAGGUUCUCUCUCAAGGACGUGACGGUCGAACACGCUGAAAGCCUUGUUGAUCAAAUCCAGGAGUUAUGUGACAAACAAGAUGAGGUCAACCAAACCAUUUGUGGAGCAGUGACCAGUGCAGAUGAAGACGUAGAUGAGUUGGAGGAAGAACUGAAAUUGUUAUUGGAUGAAUCCAUGCCAAAUCCCGAAGUUCCACCAGAGCACCUGCCAAACAUCCCAUGUGACGACCUACUGGAUUUGCUGCCCGCCAUCCCUCAUGGUGACCUGAAUGUUAGUACUAAGCAUCUAGAGGAACAACUGGAGCAGCUCACUCUCUAGGAUUCAGGGUUCCAGCACAAGGAUUACACAGUGUUGGUUCAAAAAGAGCGUGGCAACCUCCAAUUUUUGCAUUUACACCUCCAUGUAAGUUUUUAGCUAGAAGCAGAACUAUAACUUGUUACAAACAAGACAGGUGUAAAAUUGUAGAUCAGGAUGGAAACAAGGCACUUUACUUCCUUUAAUCUAAAUACUAAAUGCCUUUGCUGUGGAUGCAUGCCAAAGAGGAUUUUUUUUAAAGUGACCUUUUCAUUAAGCAAUAUAGCAUGUAUUGUUACAGUUCAUCUUGAUCUGAAGCCUCAAGUCAAAAGUAAAUAUUUAUGUAUGCAACAUUCUCUUUGGUAUGCCACCACUUUUUUUGACCGAGGAAGACUAGGGUUUGUCCUUGAUGUGUGUAGUUGUAUGUAAAUGUUAUGUAUUGGGUGUCCUGUGGAGUGUCUAGUGGCCAUCUACAGUAUAUGGAUCUACAUUUGCCAAAAUGAAUCAUGUAUAAA